AUGACGGAAGAGAAAGUAUCAGAAUGGGACAAGAAAAGGUACGUGCCUAAGCCUGGAGAGCCAGAGCUACCGCCACAGCUAUCAGAGCUCUCAAAUAAGACAUCGAAAGAAGUUAUGGAAGAGCUAAACAGAUUGCCAUUCUUCAUGACGGAACUAGAUGAGACUGAUGGAGCGGGCGGAGAGAACACAAACUUAGAGGCACUUAAGAGUUUGGCUUAUGACGGUGAACCAGAUGAAAUUGCUACGAAUUUUAAGAACCAAGGUAACGACUGUUAUAAAGCUAAGCAAUACAAGAAUGCAGUCGAGUACUACACCAAAGGUUUGGAUAUCGAGUGUGGAGUUGAAGACAUCGACAAGGCACUAUAUUUGAAUAGAGCUGCUUGCAAUCUUGAAUUAAGAAAUUUUAGAAGAUGUAUAGAAGACUGCAAGAUGGUCUUAGGUAUCGAUCAUAAAAAUAUCAAGGCAUGUUUCCGGUCUGGAAAAGCAUUUUUUGAAGUUGGAAGGUAUGAUGAAGCAGAACAAAUUUUGAAAUAUGGGUUAACUCUUGACCAAGAAAAUACGCCAAUGAAAGAUUUAUUGAAAAAAAUUGAAGACAAGCGCAAAAAAAUAUUAGAAUUAGAAGCAAAAAAGAAAAGAGAACGUGAGUUGGCUAAGAUGAAGAAGGAUAUUCUCAUAAAUGCUAUCAAGUUAAGACACUUCACCAUUAUUAAGACAAAACUGCCUCCGGAAGUACUUGAAAAUGCUAAUAUACGGCUAGAAGAUGAAACGGAUUAUGAAUCCCAAUUGUUAUUUCCUGCCAUGGUGUUGUACCCUACCAUUAAUGAAUUUGAUUUUAUCGCAGAAGUGAGCGAACUUCUGACAGCGUCGGACAUUUUAAAGUUAAUUUUGGAUCGGCCAAAUAACUGGUUUGAGGAUCCAAAACAUAAAGGUUUCACAUUGAAAAACUUGGAGUGCUAUUUGGAGACUGAAUCUGGUGGAUUAAUAAAAGUAGGAAAAAAAGUUGCUAUCAAUACGGCACUAAUGCCAGACAAAGCGAAGGCUCCUUUAUUCGACAAUAGCUUGAGACUAUAUGUCGUACCGAAAGAAGAUAGUCAAGCCUGGAUCUCUGAAUGGAGCAAAGAAGCUGCAUUAUCAAAGCGGACAAGUUAA